CGAAUACUUAUCAACUCAGCAACUGAUUUUGCAUCCUCCCACGCGUAUCUAUUCGGAUUAAGCCUUUAUUCCCAUCGUGAAAGCGGCCAUGAGAGCGACCCUCAUGCCGGAUCCGAAUCUGACCCUGUCAAUCGAUAUUUUGCUCGCCGGAGUAGCAGCUGCCGUGCUCUACCUGACCGCAUCCGAUGUUACCGGCGAGCACCAGUGUGUGAUUCUCGGGCGCCUGCUACCGCUGUUUCUGUUGUUCUUUUCUCUGCGCGUUGCCGUGAGUUGGAGUAAGAGUGGGUCGUCGACGGCACCAGCGGGAUGCGAAGGUGGAACGUGUGAGCAGCGUGAGCAGAGCCGGUAUAAUCUUGGCCGAGGAGAAUCACUGCUCGAAGCGGAAAUCGAAGACGUUGAGCAACUUCAGUCAUUAACCGCAUCGAAGGUGGCCGGAAUAAAGACACCUGGCAAACAGCAGCUAGUGGCGAGCAGAACAAGUUCCUUCUUGGGUAGCUCCUUUUAUGAACCAGAGUCGAUCGAGGUCGAGCACGAGGUCGAGGGGAACUACGCAAUAAGCAACGCAGCUCCCGUGGAAGCGCUCGGGGCGCCAGUCCAGGAUGUCGUGUUCCUUCCUCCGCAAAAGUACCUAGCGGAUGAUAUUGCUGCUGCCCACGAAGAACACGACGAUGGAUUUUAUGGAAAAGAACGCGAAAUGAAAAACGAUGGGUCGUCGUCCUCGUGCCAAGAAGCGCAAGAUACCCCGCCGCUCCUGCUCCAUGACUUGUUUUCCAAGAAAACAAAUUCGCACAAGAAGGCGGACGAGAAGGAGACUCCUGGAGGUCUGGGCCAUACUGUGUUCGGUCGGAGGAUGUCAGAGCCACGGACGUCGGAGGAUGUCGGAAGUAGAUCUGCGCCCCUGCCGUCUUGGAACGACCAGCCUACUUGCCGGAAAAUCUUCCCGAGCGGCGAGUCCCCUGCGCUUGUCGCUUUGCGGUCCAUUUCCGGAGAAGCGAGUCGAAAAAACAGCGGACAGCUCGGAGCUGAUUUUUUUAAUACUAGUUGCAACAGUCGCCGGUCGUCAAAAGCAUCAUUACCGUCUUCGCCAGGCCCGCCAACCCCCGUGUGCGCGGCGACCAGAAGUAAUACCAAACACGUCGUGGUAAAGAUUGAUCCGGUUCCGUUUCUCAUUUCGCCGGUCAAGGAGGGCGGAGAGGAGAAGACAGGGCGACAGUCAGGGUCGUUCUACGAUGUUGAGCGAAGAAGGCCGUCGUUUCCGAGAGUCGGUGAUGUGUCGUCGCUUGCAGGAAUGGCAAACAGCGACGCUCCUGGAGUAGCGUCCUGCGAAAAACCGCUUUUGAAAAGAUCUUCCGACUUUGUGACGACCGCGAUGGUGGUUUUGUCGCGCUUCCUACCGUUCGUUCCUGGCCGGAACUCGAGCAUUUUUUCCACUGGGGAUGAUAGGGCGAGCGUUGACCUUGCCCAUAAAAAUCCUCGACGAACUACAAGCCUCAGAAGAUCACGCAGAGAAACAACAACGGUUCAACAUCUUGCAGAACAUUCAAAAAUCUCAAGCACCACGCAAAGCAGAAGCAGCAGCUGGAGGGCGGUUGUACUGCGUCAGCAAGCGCGUCUUGCGCAGUACGAGAUUAGCGGGAUGCACAGCGCGAUCGCCGGGUAUUUUGUCGCCAUGCUGGCGUUGCCGCCCAUGUGGUUCGUCCUGGUGGUUGCGGCGCUGCCCGGGCUGCGGAGUAGCCAGCUGCUGUACUGCUGCGGCGUGUAUGUGGUUUUCCGUUUCAUUGUUCCACUCAUCACCUCCAGCGUUUCCCAUUGGCCCAUCGACCCUUCCACGGCCCUAUUCUUGCAGAAGAUUUUUCUGCACUACGGCCCGUUCUGGGACGUCGUGUGCGACUUCUGCCGGCCCGUGAACGCUUCUGUUAAAGUUCCGUGGUUCGCACUCUUUCAAACCUUGCUGGACAUCAUCGCAGCUGUUGCUCUACUCGUUUGGUUCCUGAUCUUGCACGAACGGGGGAUGGAAACCGUGCAGGCAGAAACGCUCGCGUCACAAGCUCGCAUGUACCGCCGCCGCAAAGUGUUGCACCAGAUGCUGCCGCCGUUCGUCGUGGAGUCGUUUCUGCUGCGGCAGACCGUUUUUUCCGAAGCCAUUGGCGACGUCACAGUUGUGUUUGCGGACAUCGAGAAUUUCACCGACCUAUUGCAGUACUGCGAUUCAGAUCGG